CUCCAACUUUCUUUUUCAAUACCCUCACUGGUCACUACCCUCUCUUCACUUCAUCUUCAAUCUUCAUUCAUCCAUUAUUAUUCAUUCACACAUCUCACAACAAAACAUCCACAUCCUUCAGUUACAUCACAUCCACUUGGGUUUUUUUCUUCUCUCUCUACCACCCCUUCAUUUUCUUCUCAUUUUUCCCUCUUUUCUCUCCAUCCAAACAUGUCCUUCUUCAGCACCACACACUUCUUCACCAUCAUCUUCUUCCUGGUACUCCUUACUUUUCCAGGCACAGCAAGGACCGACCAGACAUGCCCGUAUCCAUGCUACCCACCUCCCAUUGGCGGCGGCGGCGGCGGCAAUACUCCGACAGCUACCACGGUGACCCCAGCACUGCCACAGACCGGAGGCGGAACAGUAUACUCACCACCAACUGGGUAUAAUAACUACCCCUAUUAUAACCAACCACCACCGUAUGGCUUCGGCGGCGGCGGCGGCAGUGGAUAUUAUGGUGCCCCACCGCCUCCGGAGCCGAUUCUGCCAUACUUCCCGUUCUAUUACAGAAAGCCACCGCAUGGGACAGGUGCCUAUCCGUCUUCAUCGUCUGAAUCUUCAGCGUCGUCGUCGGCCGCGGGAGCAGAGAAAUGGACAGCAGCAGUAUCAGUUUCAGCUUCAGCUCUUUGCUUAGUCCUUUUUGUUUAGUAUAUUAAAGUGAGAAUCUUUAAUGUUAAUGUUCAAAAAUCUUGUUUGAACCGCUCACAUUGUGAGAAUUAUUAAUGAUUAGUGAUGAUAUGUAUCCUCUGUAGUUGAUGAUGAUUUGGUUUUCAGUGAUUUUUCAAACUUCUUCUGUGUUUGCGGUACUGAUUUUUUUCGAUCUUGCCUUUGCAAGUUAGGAAAGGGUGUGUGUUGUUUAAAUUAU